CUGGUGAUAAAUUAUGCCACAAAUGCUCAUUGCAAAUUGUGACAAUCAUAUUACUCAACUGUAUGUUACGAACUGCAUUAAUUAUUGAACUUUCCCCCCAUUUGCCCUUUUCCUUUAGCAAACAAUUUAGCAAAGUGCUUUGCGGUGAACGAAUCAAGGAAUCGAGUACAUUGUAGGGCGUGAUCGUUUUGUAACAUGAUUCGCGAUUCCGGAUACGCUGCGAACACAACCAUGGCGCGGAAAGGUGUGCUGACCAUUGGGGAACGGUUUUGUAUCCGGUUGCUGAUGGUGGGCGGAGUGUUGCCGUUUCAGUACGUCGUUUCGACGAAUCGCUUUGUACAGAGCACUUUCCACUACAGGGGCUGCAUUGUGGGAACAGUGCUGUACGCCAUGCUGGGACCGUGGUUGUAUUGGAUCUCAGUAACGAGAAUAUUGCAUCCGGAUUCACAGCUCAACCAAUACAUGAUUGUGGUGCAGUUUGUCUGCAUGUACGUCGUAAUACUAACGUCACGGUUGAAAACGCUGGCGAACCGUGAAAGACUGUGCCAGCUGCUAAACGCGCUGCUGGUGCUGCGAGAGCAGGUACUGCAAGGAUCCACGAAGGCUACUACCUUUCAGCAGGGUUUGGCACGAAGCCUGCUCACGAAACUGAUCGUAUUCGAUCUCGGCAUGAUGGUGCUAAGUGCAGCGUUCUUUCGCACAUUUAUAGAGCUGAAACAAUCGGUGAUUUAUUCGAUUUUAGGAGUUUGCAAUCUGCUGCAAGUCAGCAGCAUGAACGUUGCCGUUAAUUUGCUUAUGUUUGUGCUGUACAGUGGCAUUAACAUCUACGCACGAAUCAAUGCACACUGUAACGAUCUAGUGUACGGUUCGAAGGCUCCGAAUGAGAUCGUUCGGCUGUAUCUGAUGCACACGGAGACAUCGCUCGUUGUGCAGAGUAUCGUCGAGGUCAUCAGCAUACCGAUACUGCUGUUAAGCGCGUGGUACUUUUUCAUCAUCGUAUUCUCGGUAAGUCGGUGUCGUUGGCGGGUCUGCGCCCUAUACGGUAUACUAACCACUGUGCUCUACCGUUCUGUACAGAUUUUCUACACCUACACCAGCCUUGUGCAGGAUCUUGAGGCUGGCUCGACGGAUGCACUGCGUAAUAUAAUCAACCCACUGGCGUUCUUUAUAAGUGAAGUUGGACAGGUGUACUUUAUGGUAUCGAGCUCGGCUACGUUUAGUCGCCAGGCGCGUCAAAUCAUACCGUGUCUCAGCAUGUACACUGGCCGAAUUACGGAUGUGCCGGGCGAUCGUGCGAUCGAGCUACUGACGAUCGAGUACUUAAACCGAGACUAUGCGAUACGCAUUAAAGGACUGUUUACCAUCGACAACACGAUGCUGUUUGGUAUCGUUGCCAGUACUACCAGCUACAUGAUUAUUUUAGUACAAUACUACCUGCAGGAAUGAGCGGCAAACAUAAGAUAUUCAUGUCCAUUUGCUAAUAGUG